CAGAAGAAGUCGGCGCUCGGGAGCAGAGGUCGCCGCGGGAAAAACGACUGCUCACAUAAAUUUCAGGUGUUUCGUAUGAUGUCCCCACAUAAAUUAUCUGAAGUUUGAAUGAUGAACUCCAAUGAUGCAAAGUCAAAGAGAACUGAGUAGCUUCCCUUUGUCCUCAGCCCACAAAGUGAAGUUGUCCUCGGCUGGGUUUUUAACAGUUGAUGAUUUAAAGGAUGUACGCCCUACAGAACUGGCUAAAGACCUGAGAGUAUCCGCAUCAGAGGCCCUGGAUAUCCUGACCACUGUGCAAGGCUUUAGCAGUAAGGUUGGCGUCAGUCAAACCCGCACCGCACUAGACAUCCUCAGACAGGAAGACUCCUCACGGGGCAUUAUCACAUUUUCAGAGCAGCUGGAUGAGAUGCUUGGUGGAGGAGUGCCGCUGUGUAAGGUUACAGAGCUCUGUGGGGCCCCAGGGGUCGGCAAGACACAAGUCUGCCUUCAGUUGUCCGUUGACGUCCAGAUCCCAGAGGCAUUUGGAGGAUUGGGGGGCGAGGCUGUUUAUGUGGAUACAGAGGGAAGUUUUAUUGUAGAGCGACUGGUGGACAUUGCCUCAGCCACGGUAGAACACUGUCAGCAGAUAGCAGCCAUCAGUGACAAUGCAGAGCAAAUGGAGGCCCUGCAGACAUUCAGUCUGGAGUCUGUGUUAUCCAGAGUCCACUACUACAGGUGUCACGAUUAUGUUCAACUUCUAGCCACUGUCCAUCUCUUACCAGACUUUAUAAAAGAACACCCGAAGGUCAAGUUGGUUGUCGUGGACAGCAUUGCAUUUCACUUCCGUCAUGACUUCGAAGACUUGGCACUGAGGACACGCCUACUUGCAGGACUUGCCCAAAGCUUCAUCACCAUGGCGACAGCAAACAGACUGGCGGUUGUUCUGACCAAUCAGAUGACGACAAAGAUAAGCAAGGAGCCUCAUGGGAGGUCACACCUGGUACCCGCGCUGGGAGAGAGUUGGGGUCAUGCCAGCACCAUCCGCGUGAUUCUUUACUGGGAGAAUAAGCAGAGGUACGCCCUGCUCUACAAGUCCCCAUCCAGACAAGAGACUGUCGUUCAGUACCAGGUCACGGUUGGUGGGAUACGUGAUGUUUGUGAGGACUCAGAGAGAGUGAGGGACUCUAGUCCAGAGGAACACCCGCCAGCCAAAAGACCUCGUCAUUGAUAGAGGAAACAACCCAACUGCCAGGAGAUCAUGCAUGUAUCAUAUGAAUGGGGGAAAAUUCCUAGUGCCUGGAGAUCAUACAUGUAUCACAUGAACAGGAGAAAAUUCCUAGUGCCUGGAGAUCAUACAUGUAUCACAUGAACAGGAGAAAAUUCCUAGUGCCUGGAGAUCAUACAUGUAUCAUAUGAACAGGAGAAAAUUCCUAGUGCCUGGAGAUCAUACAUGUAUCAUAUGAACAGGAGAAAAUUCCUAGUGCCUGGAGAUCAUAUAUGUAUCAUAUGAACAGGGGAAAAUUCCUAGUGCCUGGAGGUCAUACAUGUAUCAUAUGAACAGGAGAAAAUUCCUAGUGCCUGGAGAUCAUACAUGUAUCAUAUGAACAGGAGAAAAUUCCUAGUGCCUGGAGAUCAUACAUGUAUCAUAUGAAGAUGGGGAAAAAAAAAAGAGACCUGUCAAAAAGCUUCCCCAUUUGCAGGGGAACAUUCCCAGUGCCUUGAGAUCAUGUGAACAGAUGAAAAUACAGAUCUGCCAAAGACCUCACAUUUGCUGAAACUGCGCUGCAUCCACCUGCCAAAAUGCCUUACAUUUGUUGAGUCGUGCUAAAGCAAAGUGUCCACCUGCCAAAAUGCCUUACCUUUGUGGACUCGGGCUAAAGCAAAGCGUCCACCCGCCAAAAUGCCUUACAUUUGUGGAGCCAGGCUAAAGCAAAUUGUCCACCUGCCAAAAUGCCUUACAUUUGUGGAGCCAGGCUAAAGCAAAGUGUCCACCUGCCAAAAUGCCUUACCUUUGUGGACUCGGGCUAAAGCAAAGCGUCCACCCGCCAAAAUGCCUUACAUUUGUGGAGUCGUGCCAAAGCAAAUUGUCCACCUGCCAAAAUGCCUUACAUUUGUGGAGUCGUGCCAAAGCAAAGCGUCCACCUGCCAAAAUGCCUUACAUUUGUGGAGUCGUGCCAAAGCAAAGCGUCCACCUGCCAUAUACAUGUAUAUUAUGUGUAUAGUGUGUAGGUACACAUAAAACACCUGAAUACAAAGUUGAAAAAAGAGACUAGAUAGACUAUAUAUGAUACAUGCAUGAUAAACUGUUGGUUGUUAAAGAAGAAACGAGACCCAAAGUGCAACGAUAACUUGUUUAUUUUCAUAUAUAUUUUCUUUACAAAUACA